CGCCCUCUAAGCUCGUGCGCGCUUUUUCCUUCUCUGGCGUCGUCAAUGGCGUUGUGACAACAACGAACGAAUGUUGAGAAGCGCUUUGCAAAGCUUGCCUAGAGAUGCCCGCUAAUUGUUCGGCGUGCAAAAACCGAUCGAAUAAUGGCAGCAAAACGACCUUUCACAAGUUUCCAGCGAAAGACGAGGAAUGCCUCAAGAAAUGGGUCGCAUUUGUGUCUAAAGCAAGGGGCAAAGGCCUCUGGAAGCCCACCGUAAACAGCAAGUUGUGCUCGAUACAUUUUGAGCCGAACUGUUUUCGUCACUUCAACGGUCGUGUGUACCUCAACACUGGAGCUGUGCCUACUGUCGUCGAGAUCCCUGAACAUCUGCAGAAAGGCACGCGAUGUGCGAGAGAAAGCGAUGCUUCGUCAUCAAGGGUUGUUUCACCUUCGCCAGAGAGGGAAGAGGACAUAUUCGUACCGGGGGUUGUGGAAGAGAGGGCAUUCGACUAUGAGGGCAAUCCCUUGAACAGCGAGCCCGUUAAGGUCGCCAAGCUGCACCUUUCCCGCCUAGACGACGAACAACUGCGCAAAGCAGUAGCUUCGCCGGCGAAACUGACGACCGUUGGCCAGCGAAUGAGCGCCGAAGCCAAGGAAGCGGACGGCAAACGGCCUAUCAUCGUCCACGUCACGUCUCUAACCAACAACGAUCCGGGGAGUCGACCAUCGCGCCUGAAGAGGCUUCCCGAGAAGUUGCGCUCGGGCGACUUCGACAACGACUUCGGCGAAGAACCUCCGAAGAAGACGGCCCGACUCGAAUCGAACCUGGACGACACAACGGAGACUGGAGGAAUCAGCGACGAUGACGAUCUUGGCGACGAGUCCGAGGACGUGGAUGCGCCGGGUCUAGACGAGGACGAGUAUGAAGAAGGAAGUGAUGGCGAGUCCGCGGAGCCACCCACAGCGUACAGGUCUCAGGCCAUAAAAACCGCUGCUUUGGACGAAAAGGCAACACCAGUGGCCGCGCCAAAGUCUACGGGUGGCGGACCCACGGCUGGAACUCUCGUGGAGCUCUGUACUCAGCUUGACGAGCAGCGCAUCAAAAACGAGGAGCUGACCAAGCAAUUGGCCAAGGCCAAGGUGGUAAUUGAAAACCAGAACAGGAACAUCGAAGCUUUGGAAGACGUUAUAAACAAUCUUCGACAGAGGAUUGUGGCCAUGAGCAAGAAGUGCAGUGCGACUGCAGAACCAGCGGAAGUCAGUGCAGAAUCGAAAGAGUGAUCGGCCCGUACAUAUAACAGGGGAACUCAGAUUGUUACCGGCUUUUAUUUCUUUUGUUUUUGUUGCUCUUUAGGACUGCCAAAAAACAUGUCCCAGGAGGAAGAAAGUUGCUGCAUGUCUUGUCAUGUUUUUCCAUGUUAUGGUCUACCCUCAUUAAACUAAGUAACACAGUCA